UGUCUUGCUCCUUGUUUCUCUCCAGGGUGAUGCUGACAGGGACCCUGUCUGACCGGCAGCCUGCUGAACUCCACCUCUUCCGGAAUUAUGACGCCCCGGAGUCUGUACGGGAGCCUCGAUUCAGCCAGAAUAUUAACCUCAAGCCUCCAGCUCAGCCCUCAGAGCAGCUGGUGUGGAGGGCUGCCCGGAGCAGUGGGGCAGCCCCCACCUACUUCCGGCCCAAUGGGCGCUUCCUGGACGGUGGGCUGCUGGCCAACAAUCCCACGCUGGACGCCAUGACUGAGAUCCAUGAGUACAACCAGGACAUGAUCCGCAAGGGUCAGGGCAACAAGGUGAAGAAGCUCUCCAUUGUGGUCUCUCUGGGGACAGGGAGGUCCCCACAGGUGCCCGUGACCUGUGUGGAUGUAUUCCGUCCCAGCAACCCCUGGGAACUGGCCAAGACCGUUUUUGGGGCCAAGGAAUUGGGCAAGAUGGUGGUGGACUGUUGCACAGAUCCGGAUGGGCGGGCCGUGGACCGGGCCCGGGCCUGGUGUGAGAUGGUUGGCAUCCAGUACUUCAGACAGAUUGAACCCCCAGCUGGGGACAGACAUCAUGCUGGACGAGGUCAGCGACACGGUGCUGGUCAAUGCCCUGUGGGAGACUGAGGUCUAUAUCCAUGAGCACCAGGAACAGUUCCAGAAGCUCAUUCAGCUGCUGCUGUCACCAUGAGGCUGGACUCCCAGCCACCCCCACCUCAUUCCACCCACCCAGCCCCUGAUGGAGAGGCUGGGCAAUGUCCACCCAGCGCGCCAACUGGGCAGACCUGGGCCUGGGCAGCUCUGCAUCUACAGACCAGACCGGGCCUCAGAGGGUGCUGGGCUUCCUGCCUAAGGCUGGUCCUGAAGGCCUGACCCACUAUCGCCACCCUCUGGCACCUUUAGUCAUUGCAGGCUUAGAAAUCCUAGAACCUCGCUGGGGCCCUCUCCCCAACAGCCAAAGACAACUGGCCCUUGAGCCCCUAGACCUGGUGAUUUAGACACUAAGGGGGUCUUACCGGUCCCCUCAAGACCCCUUCCACCCUCUGCCCUCUUCCCUGGAGGGGACGGCGAUUGGAGAAAUAGGCUGCUGCCCACCCAUCAGCAGGGGAAGCCUAGGCUCCAGGAGUGGAGUUCCCUAUCCGACUUUGCCCCUCAACACACAACGAGCCACCUGCACCCCUCAGAGCUGCCCCACCCUGGGAGCUCUCCUCCGCUCUCAAAGGUCACUCCUGUAACCUCAGUUAUUCUUCCCAACAGGAAGUGGUAGGUGAGGGGGCGGGGCUCCAGGAGCUGCUCCAAACCGAAAUAAAUGGUUUGAUUCCAGUUCA